AGUUGCUGAUCAAGCUCACCCGCUCAAAGCACUGCCGCAUCCGUAAUCAUUUGACCUGCUUCCACUGUCUCACUCUACGGAGAGCCGUCUACUACCCCUUGAAACUCGUCCAGCUUCGCUGCGUUCAGAUUUAUAUUGGUAUUACACUAGGACGGAAGAAAUCAUACGACCACAACGACCAUAAUGUUCAAGAGUGCAGCCACGAAGAUUGCUCAUAAUUCCACCCUGCCUUCACUAGCUGGUAACUAUGACCUCAAACCCCUGCAAGACCUCAUCAAUGCAGAAAAAGUUGUUCUAAUAUCAUUGCAGAAAAUGAGCGUCGAUUUCGCCAGAGCAGCAGAUGCGCUACGUGCAUGGGGAAUGGGAGAGGGGGAAGAUUUUGGGGACACCCUCAGCGCUUCCACAAACCUUCUCAACUAUUUUUCCAAUGCACUCUCGCAAUUUGCCACGCAUGAACAUACUAUUCGGGAACACAUGAAAGCAAUACGUACCCGCGAGGAGAAUCUCGAUGAACUCAAACGACGGAGAAGAGCUUUAGUCAGCAAAGCCGAUACUGCGGAGAAGAAAUUGAGCAAGAUGAGUCCGGAACAUAAGAAUCUGCAUGCGCAGAUGGAUACGUUAAACCGGCUAAGGGAUGAGAUUCGGACAAUGGACUCUGAGAUCAUGUCAGAAGAAGCGGCAUUGGGCGAUUUCAAGAGAUCCGAGAUGAGGACGUUACUAGGUCUCAAAUUUGGUGGUCUGUUGGAGUGCUGCGAAAAGGGGACCAUCGCUGGGGAGUUUGGGAAGCUCGUCGUAAUGGAAAUUCCGAAUGAGGUUACACAACCGGGCAUGGCUCGCUCUAUGUAUGUUGGUCAUCAGAAAGUGUACAGCCUCCUACAGGAUGCUCAGCAAUGUGUAUCCGAAAUUGCGUUCUCCACCGUACCGUCGUCAGAGCCUCGUCUUCCUCGACCUCCCAACCCUGAAUACGAAAGCCACCAGCAAAGUGACAGCUUUGAUAAUGAUCCACCCUAUCCACCUCAUUUGCAGGGAAGCGAUAGUUUCAGUGGAGGACCCGAAACCUAUUUCUCCGCUCCACAAGACACGGGGACGGGUCAUUUCAUGGAUCCAUCGGACAUGUCCUCCAUGACCGGUCGCUCUUCAGUACCGAAUAGUCCCGUUAUGCCUCCGAAUCUUUCAUAUCCUCCCGCGCCUCCUCAAAACCAGCUUGUGACGGAACAGGUCUCUAGCAGUGCCGACGAUUUCGGCGUUGGUCACUCAACUAUCUCUUCUCCGCCUACUGGCGGUCGCUUUGCUACUUUCCCAGUCAAAGCCAACGCACCUCCUGUUGGGUAUCAGUUACGUGAUGCCCCACCCAAGUUACGGACUUCACCGUCCCGUGAGGAUGAUUCGUUCUCAUCUUCAAUCGAAGCUGCUCUCAACAAUACUAGUGGAAAUGGGCGGUCUAGCAUUGAUGGUCCACCUCCUUCCUAUACUACUCACCAAUCGCAUCCAAGUAAUGCUCCGUCAAACGGACCUUCUUCGGGGGUGAUGUCACCGGCGCAACUGGAGAGCCAUUGGCAAGACGCACGGUCACCGAUGGUUAUAGGUGCUGGCGGACACGAGAGAGGUGGAGCGAUACAGGAAGAGGAAUCGGACGAAGGCGGCCUAGCUUAUGACCGACUUGACGACGAACCAAUACCUGCACCACAUGGGAGAAAUGAAAACGAUACACAUAAACACGUAAGAUUUGGAGAUAUCAGUGAUGUCGAGGAAGAAAUUCAGAAACGCCAGGAACAAGAAAGAAGCCCGUCGUCGGGAACUGGUAGUUUAGGGGAGAGAGGGACCAAACCCUCUUCGAGGAGGGUUCCACCUCCAACUUUUUCAACAGAAGGUGACGAGAAAGAGUUGAAUGCCGCUGCUGCCAGAGAGAUUAGUCGAGAGUUGGACGCGCUGAAAUUUAGCGUUGAUAGUGGUACGCCGUAUGGAGGAGACAGCUCGCCUACUACACCUCGUGCGAGGAACGACUCCUUCCCCGCGAACGCUACAGAUGGAGAGGUUAUUUCCCCUCUUGUUCCACCUGUAGCACCGUUUGCGCAACGUGGGCCAUCGCCAAGGCCUGAAACAGUGCCAUCUUCCUCUCCUACUGCUCCCCCACCGACCGCGAUAGCUCACCAAUCGCCUCUGGGUAACGUGCAGCCCGUUACAAACCAAGACUAUGAAUUUGAUCAUCCGACAUCAUCUGUUUCGGACACCCGCGAACCAUCUUCCCCCAGUAGCCCUAUCUCUCCCAAAUCACCAAUAUCCUCAAUGUCCAAGCCAACUAUGAACGUUCCUACUUUUGAACACCGGUCGAAUUCGUCCGUGUCUUCUCUGAGAGGUGGUGGUGGCAGUUCACCGUAUCAGACACCGCCCGAAUACCCGAUCCCAAGAUCCCCACUCGGAACUCGAUCGACCUCCUCGUUGGUAGGUGAAAAACCCGAUCGAAGUCCCGGUGGAACCCCAGCCCCUCCACCUCCGGGUGUACGCACGAUAUCGGCAGCUGCAUUUAGAAGGCAACCUGUGCGAGGUGGGACAGGGAGUGGUGGUGACGCGGGGCCCGGCGCUAUCGGAGGUGGGGGAUCGGGAAUACCAGAGACGACUCCGUUACAUUUGAAGAAACGAUUACCACUACCUUCUUCUCCCUAUCCUUCUCAACGUGCACAGGUAGGGGGAGGCAGAGACCGGGCCGAUUCUGAACCGUUCAAUGAUCGUGGGCCUAACAGCGGAACUCAAGCCCAAAGUCGAGGUCGAGGUCAGAGUUUUACCGGUGCUGGUAAUCCCGAUGAGGAGGACCAAUAUGAUUACGAUUAUCUUUCGGCGUAUACAGGUGCAGAAACACCUUCUUCUACUCAGGCCCCUGGAAGUCCUUUGAAGGGUGACUUUGGGAGUUUGGGGCACGUGAGGGUGGUCAAUGACGGCAGCUCAUUACCUCCGGGUGCAGGACCCCCGGUGCCUGGGGGGUACGGAGAUGGGAGGUUUGCGACGAAUUUGGAGAAUGAGUCGUUGAGAUGAGGUGAAAAGUAACAGGACUCGAUUUGAUGAACUAACAUAUAUGUUGAUUUACUCUUCCUUUGAACGUAUUUGUGUCAGUCGAUAGCGUGA